AUGACUAUUCAAGUUGGAUACUGGAACAUCCGAGGCCUCGUUGGCGGUGUUCGACUUAUGCUGGAAUAUGCCGGAGCGGACUGGAACGAGACUUUCUAUGAAGCUCACAAGACAGAAGCUGGCUGGGACCGAACUGAAUGGACAAAUGUUAAGGCGACAGCUGAGUUCCAGGAGGGAUUUGCUUUUCCAAAUCUUCCAUACUUGAUAGAUGGCGAUGUGAAGAUUUCACAAUCGACUGCGAUGCUCAAAUAUAUUGCGAGGAAGUUUGAUAUCGGACAGAAACUCAACGAUACAGAGGCCUGGAGAGUCGAUCAAGCAGCCGAUCAAAUCGUUGAUGUUCGAGGAGGCUUCGUCGGGCUUUGCUACGGUUUCCGAACCCCCUUUGCCCAGCGCGAAACUUUCUGCGAAAACACGCUGAAACCACAGCUGAAGCAACUUGAUCGAUACAUGAGCGGGUGCAAGUUCGUCGCAGGAGAGACUCUUUCCUACGUUGACUUUAUGUUCUGGGAGAUUUUGGAUCAUAUGGAGUUAUUUGACGCCUCGCUUUUCGAUGGACUUGAAAACAUCAAGGCCUUCAAGAAGCGAUUCGCUGAACUGCCAAAAAUUGCAGCUUACAUUUCCUCUCCAAAGUUCAUGCGCGGCCCAUGCAAUAACAAAAUGGCUGCUUGGGGAGGCGAUAAAGAAUUGAAGAGAACAUGCGCGCUCAUCGGUCAGGGAUGCCAUGCUUCCUGCGCGGCGAUCCAUCUUUGGCAUGGACACGAGCAAACGCAAGCAUAUCUCAAGGAUCUCGAUAACAUGCACAAAGUCAUCUUGGGAGCAAAAUCGGAGGAGCAUUUAAACAAGCUUGCUAAAAAGCUUGAAAACAACAACGUAGAUUUCAAGCUAUGGAUGGAACAGCCAGAAAACUAUCCCACUGCGCUCGCCCUCAGGCCUUAUCCUAAGGACGAUGUCAAGAAGCUUUUCAAAGGUUUCAAUCUUUUGACUAAGCAAGACGAGCCGAAAAGCGUACCUGAAACAAAGAAUGCAGAGCCUAAUACAGAAUAG